AAAUAAUGAGUAUUCUUCUAAGUAUUAUUAUCUAUUAAUUAAAUUUACAUUCAAAGGGAGUCUUAUUCAGGCCAUGCCUACCUCACACUAUAUAUAUAUAGAUAGAUAGAUAGAUGCUCCAGAUAAUAAAUGUUCCCAAACUGCUGAUUGAAUUAAUAAAAGUGUCAUUAGCUGAAAAUGGACCUUCCAUCAUCAUCUCAAGUACAUAAUACUGAGUGUUCCCCAAAUCAAGAAAUCAAAUAUUCUGAGAGAAGAGAAGAUCAUGUCGAGAAGGUGAAACAACAAUACAUUGGUGUUCGUAGGAGACCGUGGGGGAAGUUUGCAGCUGAGAUCAGGGAUUCAACACGAAACGGGAAGAAGGUUUGGCUGGGGACAUUUGAUACAGCGGAGGCUGCAGCUUUGGCAUACGAUCAAGCAUCAUAUUCAAUGCGCGGUUCUUCAUCUAUUCUAAACUUUCCAGUUGAAACCGUGAGAGACUCGUUGAGAGGAAUCAACAAGUCCAGCACCAACAAUAUUGAUCGCGGGUCUCCUGCACUCGCUAUAAAGAAAAUGCAUAAGCUUGACAGAAUAUCGUUGUCAUCCAACUUGAUUGAAGAAAACAACAAGCAGGAAAACUUGUUGAUUUUGGAAGAUCUCGGAUCGGAUUUGUUAGAAGAACUGUUAAGUUCUUGCUGAUUAAUUACUUUUAUAUAUAUCUAAUCAAAUUUUAUUUUUUCUGAUGUACCAUUUGAGUAUUCUUCUUGAUCAUUUAUGUCUACAAAUUAUUAUUAAUGAUGUCAAAGUUAUUCUGAUAA